UCUACAAACACGAAAUCAAUCAUGGCCGUUGAAUCUUCCAUUCAAUCUCCUGCGAUCAAUCCAACGGAUGAGAAAUUUGCGAAGGCGCUUCAGUUCAUCGAAGAGAUGACCAAGAACUGCGACGAGGUGCAGGAAAGGGUUUUGUCGGAAAUACUAUCCCAAAACGCCGACACGGAGUACCUCCGGAGGUUCGGCCUCGGCGGCGCCACCGACCGGAAUACGUUCAAGACUAGGGUUCCGGUGGUUAAGUACGAGGAUCUUCAGCCGGAGAUUCUGCGUAUUGCCAAUGGAGAUCGCUCUCCCAUCCUUUCUUCUCGUCCCAUCUCCGAAUUUCUCACUAGUUCCGGGACAUCGGCAGGCGAAAGGAAGCUCAUGCCGACUAUUAGUGACGAAAUGGAUCGCCGGCAGAAGCUGUACUCACUUCUCAUGCCGGUGAUGAACUUGUACGUCCCGGAUUUGGACAAAGGAAAGGGCCUCUACUUCCUAUUCAUAAAGGCCGAAACCAAGACCCCAAGCGGGCUCGUGGCCCGGCCCGUUUUAACAAGCUACUACAAAAGCGAGCAAUUCAAAACCCGACCGUACGACCCAUACAACGUCUACACAAGCCCCGACGAAGCAAUCCUUUGUUGCGACUCCUACCAGAGCAUGUACGCGCAAAUGCUCUGCGGCCUCGUCAUGCGCCACGAGGUCCUUAGGGUGGGGGCCGUUUUCGCCUCCGGCCUCCUCCGCGCCAUCCGUUUCCUCGAAGUCAAUUGGCGCCACCUGGCCCAUGAUAUCGCCAGCGGCGCACUGAACCAGAGAAUCACCGACCGUUCGAUUAGGGAUCGAAUGUCGGAGAUUCUCUGCCGCCCGGACCCCGCCCUCGCAGAGUUUAUUACUAAAGAAUGCGAGGGCGAGAACUGGGAGGGGAUCAUCAAAAGAAUAUGGCCCAACACGAAGUAUCUGGACGUGAUCGUGACCGGAGCGAUGGCGCAGUACAUACCGCUGCUCGAUUUCUACAGCGGGGGGCUCCCGCAGGCGUGCACAAUGUACGCCUCGUCCGAGUGCUAUUUCGGGCUCAAUUUGAGGCCGAUGACGAAGCCCGAAGACGUCUCGUACACAAUCAUGCCCAAUAUGGGCUACUUCGAGUUCAUCCCGCACGAUGACGGAGACGAGGAGAAGUCAUCCUAUCCGCCACGUCAGCAGCUGGUGGAACUGGCUGACGUGGAGGUGGGAAAGGAGUACGAGCUUGUCGUCACCACUUACUCGGGGCUGAGUCGGUACCGAGUUGGGGAUAUCCUCCGAGUCACUAGGUUUUACAACUCGGCGCCGGAGUUUAAGUUUAUACGUAGAAAGAAUGUUCUUCUGAGUAUCGACGCUGAUAAGACCGACGAGUCGGAGUUGCAGAAGGCUGUCGAAAACGCCGCCGUUUUGCUGGGUGAAUUUGGCGCGAGUGUGGUGGAGUACACUAGUUUCGCGGAUACGGGUUCGAUUCCGGGGCAUUACGUGAUUUACUGGGAGCUGUUUGUGAAGGAUCCGGAUAGUAUUGCCCCGACCCGCGAAAUUAUGGAGAAGUGCUGUCUGAUAAUGGAAGAGUCGAUGAACUCGGUUUACAGGCAGUGCCGGGUCGCGGAUAACUCGGUCGGGCCGCUGGAAAUUAGGGUUGUGAAGAAGGGGACUUUUGAGGAGGUGAUGGAUUACGCAAUCUCGAGAGGCGCGUCGAUUAAUCAGUACAAGGCGCCGAGGUGCGUGAGCUUCACGCCAAUUGUGGAGCUGCUUGAUUCGAGGGUUUUGUCGGCGCAUUUCAGCCCGGCGGCGCCUCGCUGGACACCUGACCGGCGGAUUUGAUCUGACUCAGUGGGGCCUGGUUCCGUUUAUUUUGUCGUAUGUGUAUUUUCGAUUUGAUUGGCUUUUUGCGUGUGUGUGUUUUUUCAAAUAAAUAUGUAGAUAUUGAUGUGAUUUGUAAUUUAAUUAAAGGGUGAUUGUAUUGUGAAAUACAUCUUAAUUUAACUUGGUUUGCCAUUUUCAUUUAAGUAAAU